AUGUCUAACGGCACAACAUAUCAGUCAGUAGGAAAGUACAGAUGUAACACCGGUUACACGUUAAAUGGAAACAGCAGUACUACAUGUACAAAAACAGGACAAUGGAAGACACAUAACGUGGAGUGCAAAAUAAAUGAUUGUGGUUAUCCAGUCCAGCCGGGCAACGGUAGCGUCGACAAAUCAAAUAGAACAACUUUCGGGUCUAUAGUAACAUUUUCUUGCAACACUGGUUAUUAUUUGAAAGGUGAAAGACAUGCCAUUUGUCAGGCCAAUAGUUCUUGGAAUAUAACAUCGCCUACAUGCAAUAUAAAAGACUGUGGAAAGCCAAACCAAACAGCCAAUGGAAAGUACUGGCUAGAUGCAAGACAACUGACGGUUUUCAAUCAUACUGCAACCUACCAGUGCAAUUCCGGCUACGAAACAGCUGAUAAAACGUUAAUUACAUGUAAUUCUUCUGGAAAAUGGAGCGAUAUGCCACCGAAGUGCAAUGAUAUCGACGAAUGUGAUCGAUAUACAGCAAGGUGCCAUAGGCGUGCACAGUGCACGAACACAAAUGGUUCUUACGUGUGUGAGUGUCAUGAUGGGUUUAGAGAUAUCUCUGAGAAAGGGGAAGUAGGAAUUAAAUGUCAAGAUAUCAACGAAUGUGCCAACGACAGUACAAACCCCUGUAACAGGAAAGGAUCCCAGUGCAUUAACUAUCCCGGAGGUUUUCUUUGUCUGUGUGACGACGGCUGGACUGACAAUAACUGCAGUACAGAUAUAAAUGAAUGCUUGGAUAGUACCACUUGUGGUGUACGAGCUAAUUGUUCAAACACUGAUGGAGGCUACAACUGCACAUGUUUUCCUGGCUAUCCUAAAGGAGAUCCGAAAAUACAUUGUUACGAAAAUGUCAUUAUUGACCUGGAGACUGCUGUAACUCGAUUCAGAGGGGAAGAUCAACUGAUAGACGCAAAGCCUAUUCAUAACAGAUUUCCGUACUUCGGAGAGGAAUACAACUCGUACAGGCCAAAUAUGAAUGGCUUUCUUACGCUUGGUUACCAGCCGCUGUAUGAAGAUUAUGGACCAGAAACCCCAUCGGAAUGGCAGAAAUUCAGCCGCGGAUAUACUGUGAUAGCUCCACUCUGGACAAAUAUUGACUCUACAAAUCUUACCGGAGGACUUGAUGUCCACCUGUUUGAAUAUUAUACAAAUUAUGGACAAAAUGACAGUCAGCACAGAGAUCUUUCGCGGCUUGGAGACUUAUUUUCAAAAUACCUAAACCUCACUGACUUCAAACCACGAGUAGCAAUUGUAGCCACUUGGCGUAAUGUAACAAAAUCUUCAUACAUAAUUCCUGUCCGACUGAUUAAAACUCAGAAUGCAACAAUGCAAGUGAUACUAAUUUCUGAUGGUAUAUUUUCCUAUGUAAUGUUUAACUAUGACCAAGAACAGUGGUCGCUCAAAAUGGACAAAAAUAUCCCAAGCUCUGCUGGUUUCAGUCUACAAAACAAAACUGGAUUCAUAACGGCUACAAGCAAAAAUGUUAGUCAGCUAAAUAAUGGAACAAACGUUAAUCCAGGUCUUAAAGGAAGAUGGAUUUACAACGUUACUAGAAAUGACCUUGGUAGUAGUGCAACUUUGCGCAACGAAUCGGAAUGCCUCGCAUUCAGAAAAAAUUACACGAUCAAGACGUGGAUAACGACACAACGGGCAUUAUCGUAUCCAUGUCCCUGUAGUGAGCAACAGAUGCAGCUUGAUUAUAGCUAUCACACGGUGAACCCAAUGUAUAAAGACUCACGAUCGCGGACGACUUGCUAUGAGGCCUGGUUCUUUAACAAUGAUGGUGUGAAACAGACGUGCUGUUAUAG